AUGCACGAGGAUUAUUACCCUACAGAUCAAUACUCCAGAUGGGACCCGCGGGGAUGGUCUGUGAUGAAGAAGAUUUUUCUAGCGGCUGGCAUUGUCGUAGUGAUUGUGGCAGUUGUCGUUGGUGCUGUUCUAGGAGUGCGAGCCAAUCGGUACCCCAAUUACUCGAAACUGAACUACAGUUUGAAAGACAACUUUUCGGGAUCGACCUUUUUCGAUAACUUUGAAUAUUUUACUGCUGCCGACCCUACCAAUGGAUUUGUUCAGUAUAUAGAUCGAGCUGCAGCCACAUGGCUUAAUCUAACAUCCGCCACGGAUACCUCCGCGGUUCUCAAGGUGGACACGACAUACAGCGGAACGGAGGCCGCUAACGGGCGCCAAUCUGUGCGAGUCACGUCCAACAAUACCUAUGCUGAUGGACUUUUCAUCUUCGACAUUAUCCACACCCCGUACGGGUGUGGUACAUGGCCGGCCCUGUGGCUGACAGACCCCAGCAACUGGCCCGAGCAUGGAGAAAUUGAUGUCGUGGAAGCUACCAAUGCUGGAACCUUUGGAAGCCAAUCGACGCUCCACACAUCGAAAGGCUGCUCCAUGGGCGUUAAACGGAAAGAAAGUGGCAGUGUUGCUAACACGGACUGUUAUUACGAGGCGAAUGAUUACACGGGCUGUGGCGUGAAAGGCGCUGAGAGUACUUAUGGUCCUGAGUUCAAUAGCAAUGGUGGCGGAGUUUACGCAAUGGAACUCCGUGACGCCGGUAUUCGCGUAUGGCAAUGGGUCCGCUCUAAGAUCCCAUCCGAUAUCACCUCGGGAAGUCCCGAUCCAUCCACCUGGGGCACGGCACUCGCAGACUUCCCCAGCACGGAUUGCGACAUCGGUUCUCAUUUCAAGAACCAGAGUAUCAUCAUCAAUAUCUCUCUGUGUGGUGACUGGGCGGGAGCGAGCAAGUACUACACGACACAAAGUAACUGCCCUAGUAACUGCACGACAUUUGUGCGGGAUAACGCGACUAGUUUCAGUACAGCGUACUGGGAGUUUGGUGGCUUCAAGGUUUACCAGACCUCGUGA